AAUCACGAGUAGGAAAAUUUACUCUCUAGGGAGGGUAAGGAAUUGUUUUUGUACGAGUGGCUACCAAGCUGUGAGUCAUCGAGGGUUCGCAGAUUGAAAGAGGAAGGCAAAGUUGCAAGAUCCCAGUUGUCACUUAGUUAAAAGCAAGAACAUGACGGUUCAGUGGACGCUAGCGGCGGGUUUUCUCUACUUCGAGAUUGGUGUACUCUUACUCUUUUGCCUUCCCUUUAUUUCGCCUUCAAGGUGGAACAAAAUCUUCAAGUCCAGCUUUAUUUCUACAAUCUUUGAAUACAGCAACUUCUAUUUCAAUGUCUUCGUCAUUAUCAUGAUUUUGCUGUUGUGUGACUCCUUGAGAGAGAUUUUCAAGUACAAUAAAGUUGAUGUCAGUCACAUGGACUUGAAGAAUAACCCUCAGGCAGAAGCCAUGCUCCACAUGAAGUUGUUUAGAGCUCAGAGAAACCUCUACAUCUCUGGUUUCUCCCUGUUUUUGUUGAUUGUGCUUCGUCGGGUAGUCACCCUCCUGUCUCGUUUGGCUGUGUCUGAGGCAUCUGCCGAGGCUAGCAUCAAGCAGGCUCAAGGUGCAAGUGAUCAAUGCAAGAAGCUCAUGGAUGAGAAUGAUAAACUCACCAAGAAACUGGAAGGAGAGAAAACAGCAGAUAAUGAGGAGGCUGCCAGUGAUGAGAUGAACCAACUGAAGAAAGACCUGGAGGAGAAGGAAAAGCUCCUUGAACAGAAAACGCGAGAUUUGGAAAAGACAAAGAAAGACUUGACUGCCUCUAAGCAGCAGGCAGAGGGCGUGUCCCGGGAGUAUGAUAGACUGCUUGAAGAGCACUCCAAGAUACAGGGUCAGUUAAACCAGACUGGAGAAGAGAGCAAAAAAGAUGACUAAAUGUCUGAGCUCUCUUGCAAGAUAUAAAUAUUUAAAAUAUCACCAGCACUGCUAGGUGAUUUUGAUGAUUUAGUGGUAAUUUUACCAAAACCAGAGAACAAGGGUCGAAUGUAAACCUUCACAGAGUAUGAUAAUUGUUCUUUAGAAUGCCCUUCAAUUUUAACGUUUCUCCAUAAAAAAAACUAUACCCAAACUUUGUCAUUAUAAUAGCCUAGCCUAUAAACCUCUACUAAAGAUAGUUGUUCAGGUGGUAAUUGACUAUCUUUCAAAGCCACUUUCUCCAAUGUAUUGUCCAUUGUAGAUCCAAAUUGUUUGGGGAACACUUUUUAGAGGGCAAUUUUAGUUGAAAUAUGUAUACAGGUCCUUAGAAAUAACCUCAUCUGACUGUCAUAGUGUAUCAAUAUGGAUGUAAGAACUAGACUGUUUUCAUGAGAGUUCUAUAGUCAAGCAACCAUGCCAAUAAUAUUAUUUAGCAUUUUCGUCAUGGUCGUCAAUGAUAUAGGAUGGUAACUGACCAAUAAAAUAUGUUUAAAAGUUGUUUUAGAUAAAAAAGGAAAAUAAAAUGAAGUAAAUAAA